CCAUUUUACACCCAAAUAUCCCUUCCUUCACAUACAAAUAUUAUAAACCAUGCAUUCAAGCUAAUGUUUCUAACAACCUAAAACAAACAGCCCUUCUACUUUUAUAUUCACACAAACAAAAAACAUCAUAGUAACCAAAAUGGCUACUUCAAUUUCUGCAACAGGGUGUGUUGGUUCCUCAUUCUAUGGAAGUUGGGGAAAUUCUAUAGUUGGUGAAGAUUAUUCUAUGUUGGCUAAGUCAGUUUCAUCACAAGUUCGAAUUGGAAGAGGUAGUAAACCAAUGAGGUUGCAACCUAUGAUGAAGAAUGUUAAUGAUGGAAAAGGUGUGUUUGCUCCAAUUGUUGUUGUUACUCGGAAUAUUGUUGGGAAGAAACGUUUCAAUCAGCUUAGAGGCAAAGCCAUUGCUUUACACUCUCAGGUAAUUACAGAAUUCUGCAAAUCAAUAGGAGCAGAUGCAAAGCAGAGACAAGGUUUGAUCAGGUUGGCUAAGAAGAAUGGAGAAUGGCUUGGUUUUCUUGCAUGAUAAAGUUAACAGAUGUUCAACAUUUUGUAAAUGUUAUAAACUUUCAUGUUGAAACUUGAUGGUUUUUCAAUUGACAGCAGAAUGUAAACUAGGAAAUCUUCUCUAGUUUUGAAUUUUCAUUCUUAUAUAAUUGCUGUCUUAUUUUGUUCUUUAGAGUUUAGAUAUAUGAAAUGUUAUAAAAUUUAAUGAGGUUUUCUAUCAAGAAAUAGAGCAAUGUUAUUUAGAACUA